AAAUGUCACGUGAUGAGGAAGCGCGUGCUAUUGGUUGGCUUGUUUUUCCCGUCUCAGUCCAAAAUAUUCACAACGCGUGUCAUGGCAGAGAAACUGGAUCUUAUCUCUAAGUGCAUUAGAACUUUCUAUGAUUUCCCUACAAAAGGGAUUGUAUUCAAGGAUAUUUGUCCGAUCUUGAAGGAUCCGAAGGCUCUGGCUGCGGUGACAGAUCUGUUUGAGGAGCACGUGAGGCGCAGGUACCCUCAGGUGGACCUUAUAGUCGGAAUUGACGCUCGAGGGUUUCUGUUUGGGCCGCUUCUGGCUCAGAGAUUAGGUGUAGGAUUUGUUCCAGUCAGAAAAAAAGGGAAGUUCCCUGGACCAACGUUAUCAGUAGCUUAUAGUCUUGAGUAUGGAACGGCUGAGGCAGAGAUGCAGGAAGACGCCGUUUCUGCAGGAGAGAAGGUCCUGAUCAUUGAUGAUUUACUGGCUACUGGAGGAACCCUGUACGCGGCUUGUGAGCUGAUCAAGCAGCAGAAGGCAGAGGUGCUGGGCUGUUUGGUGGUGAUUGAACUGAAGUCUCUUAAUGGAUCUGAGAAGCUGCCGUCAACCCCGGUGUUCUCUCUAAUACAGUACUGAGAGUACUACUGCUUAUGUGGCGGAGUCCGUUUUAUCUUAGCCGUCUGAAAUGAGUUAUUCACAUCAUGGUUUACGGUUCAGGAAUAUGAAAAAAUUUCCAAUCAUGUUUUGAUGGGUUAGAUUCCACUUUGAGAAAUAAGUAAAAGUAUGUGAUUUCAGGUGCCGUUAGAAAGACCGCUUAUGUACAGACUUUUAAGCUUCCAGUUUUUGAAUAUGAAACACUGUUUCCAUGAACUUGUUUAUUGUAAAUCAAAUCAAUGCACAUUAACUAGACAAGGUUUAAGUCACCAAAGAAGCCAAACUUGGGUAGAACUACAUUACUUUUUACAUGUCUACAUUUGAUCAAUUAUUAUACUAAGAUGAACAGAGCAAAAAUCACAACAGGAACACAGCAGUUAAAAAAGUAGUGACCCCCAGACUUGAAAGUCUUGUAAAAUGUCAAACUGACUGAACAAAUUAAAAAGUAAUCAUGUCAUCGCAAUGUUAAAAUCCAGGCAUAAUCCAUAAUAAAAUAUUGCACAAUGGUAUUUUC